GCGGGCGGGGUAGCGCGGGCCGAGCGCGGAGCCAUGGGCCGGCUUGGGGCCGGGGGCACGGCGCGGGCGGCAGCGGCUGGGCCGCUGCUGUUGCUGCUGCUGCUCCUCGCUCGGCCCCCGCCUGCCGCCGCCGGCGACAGCAAGAAGAGCGAGGCUGGGCUGGUGUCUGAGCACUUCUCACAGGCCCCACAGAAGCUGUCCUUCUACAGCUGGUAUGGCAGCACCCGGCUCUUCCAUUUCCGAGUGCCCCCAGACACAGUGCUGCUUCGCUGGCUGCUCCAUGUGUCCCAGAGUGGUCCCUCAUGCACCGACGUAGAAAUCACAGUGCAUUUCCGCUACGGCGCCCCUCCUGUCAUCAACCCGCUGGGCACUAGCUUUCCUGACAACACCUUGAGCCAGGCCUCUUUCCACAUCAGGGCAUUGUUGAGUACCAUGCUAUUGGGCAACACCUCUGUCAACAUCUCCCACCCGGCCCCUGGGGACUGGUUCGUGGUUGCUCACCUCCCCCCCUCGUCCCAGAAGAUCGAGGUGAAGGGCUCUGUUCCUACCUGUGCCUACACCUUCCAGCCUGAUAUGCUGGCCCUGAGGGUGGUUGAAGUCUCCAUCCUAGAGCCCGAUGUUCCCCUCUCACAGACGCUGCUCUCCCACCCCAGCUACCUCAAGAUCUUUGUCCCUGAAUACACCCAGGAGCUUCGGUUGGAACUGCAGGGCUGUGUGUCCAGUGUGAGCCCCGGCUGCCCAGUGCGUCUCACAGUGGGUGCAUCCACCCUGCCUAGAAACUUCCAAAAGGUGCUGAGUUGCACUGGCCUCACUCCGGCCUGCCAUUUGCUACUGUCCUCACCACCCUGGGGCCGGUGGCUACAAGUGACAGUUGAGAGCCUGGCAGGACCUCACGUGUCAGUGGUCUUCACUGCUAAAGCUGCCUUUACAGUGUGCAGGCCAUGGAGUGUGACCUUCCAUCGUCUUAUGCAAAACAACCCAAACCAGAGCUAUGACACCUCUGUGGGCCGGCUGCCCCAAAGCCCUGCCCACUGGGGACUGGGCAGGAGUAGAGGGGCAGGCAGUGGCCCCUUCUGUCUCCUGAACUAUCCAGUCAUGAGAGAAGACACGGACGUGGUGUCUGUACACUUCCAGCCCCUGAAUGGGGCCUCCAUGCUGGUGCAUUCAAACAUACCUUCUGUAAUGCAGCUCCGUCUUGACACAGGCAUGGACAGCGGGGGCUCUCUCAUCAUAAUCCUGAGGGCUAACCAGACAGAGGUCACAAAUGGCACCUUGGUAGCAGCUUGUGUGAAUGCUGCCUCUCCCUUCCUCGGCUUCAACACCUCACUCAAUUGCACCACAGCCUUCUUCCAGGGCUAUCCCAUGUUUAUGAGUGCCUCCUCUCACGUGGCCAACCUCAUCAUUCCCUAUCCGGAGACAGACAACUGGUACCUCUCCUUGCAGCUUGUAUGCCCUGCGAGUUCUGAGGAUUGUGAACAGGCUAAAGCUCAUGUGGAGACCAUCUUGUAUCUGGUGCCCUGUUUGAAUGACUGUGGGCCUUAUGGCCAGUGCCUCCUGCUCCGUAGAUACGGCUAUCUGUAUGCAGGCUGCAGCUGUAAAGCAGGUUGGCGCGGGUGGAGCUGCACAGACAACAGCACAGCCCAGACUGUGGCCCAGCAGAAGGCCGCAGCGCUGCUGCUCACACUCAGCAACCUCAUGUUCCUGGCCCCCAUCGCGGUGUCAGUACAGCGCUCCUUCCUGGUCGAGGCCUCCGUCUACUUUUACACCAUGUUCUUCUCCACGUUCUACCACGCCUGUGACCAGCCGGGGGAGGCGGUGUUGUGCAUCCUCAGCUAUGACACGCUUCAGUACUGCGACUUUCUGGGCUCUGGGGCGUCCACCUGGGUGACGAUUCUUUGCAUGGCCCGUCUGAAGACAAUCCUGAAACAGAUCCUGUUUGUCCUGGGCACACUGGUCAUCGCCAUGUCCUUGCAGAUGGAUCGCAGAGGCAUCUGGAACUUGAUGGGACCCUGCCUCUUUGCCUUUGUGAUCAUGGCCUCCAUGUGGAUGUACCGCUGUGGGCACCGGCGUCAGUGUUACCCUACCUCGUGGCAGCGCUGGGUCUUCUACCUCCUGCCUGGCAUCUCCAUGGCUGCUGUAGGCAUCACCAUCUAUACUUCCAUGAUGACCAGUGAAAACUACUACUACACGCACAGCAUUUGGCACAUCCUGUUGGCUGGCAGUGCAGCUUUCCUUUUGCCACCACGAGAGGAGCAGGCUGAGUCCUGGCCCUGCUUGCAGAAGUUCCCCUGUCAGUACCAGAUCUGCAGGAACGAUCGGGAUGAGUUGUACACAGUGACAUGAUGUGGCUGCCUCAAGGACACCUGAUACUCUGAUGACCUCUUCGUCUAGGACAGGAACAAAGAGAGGUGCCUAUCUAGCCCCAGCCAGGUUUCCAUCUGAAUAAAAUUGUCCUGCGACCCUUGGCUUCUUUCUCCAGAGGAGAGGACUCCACCCCAAAAUCUUUGUGGCUGCUGCCCGUGUCCUCUGUAGGUCUCAGCUGGAGGCCACAGGUACCAUGUGUGGACAGAUUGAUAUGUUAUGGUUGAAGAUAGAGAUAAGGGAUCCCUGUUUCCCCAUUCAUUUGUGAAGCUGUGAUUUGAGACCUACAAGGCAAGGAAUCCUCUGAGUCCACAGAGCCCACUGUCCCUGACCGCAUGUACCAUCCUGCCUUGGCAUGGGGAUGCCUUGUUGCUGCAGUUACUGUGGUAGAGUUCAAAAGCUGCUAAGAACCUGGGGUGCCAUGCAUUAUCCCUCCUUCUCUGUUGGAGUCACAGAUCCUGGGAAGAGCCCGGAGUAGCAGGCUGCUCAGCUGUGUGAGGUGUGGCCCCAGAAGGCACACACUGCCGUACUGGUGUGCCCUCCUCAUCCUAAAGGUCCUAGGCCCUAGUCUAGUGAGCAGUCUUUUGUGUUGGCUCUAGGCCCUAGGAUGCUGACCCCCCCUACUGGAUCAGCUGAGGCUUGAGGUGGCUUCUGGAGCCCAGUCUUACUGGUGCCUCCUGGGAGCUCUGAGCUGAUUGGCGCAGUGCUGCCCUGUCCCACUAUGAGGCCCAACUGCUCUGUGGCCUUGGAGCCUUUUUUCUUGGUUUUGUCCAGGAUUUGGGCUUUCUGGGCCACUCCCCCAGCUACUGACACCCUUUAUUUGGCCACCAAAGCACACUUCAAUCCCUGAAAGGGGAAACAUGUAUAUACUGUUGCGGGGAGGUGAUAAAAUGUUAAACUGUUCUAUGAAGGCAUAUUUUUAUGUAAUUGAUGAAUUUAAUAUUCUACAAUGAUUUUUCAA